AGAAAUUAUUAGAAGAUAUGCUGUAGUAGGACUUAAAACUAUUUUGAGGUUCAUAAUAUGUUAAACCACUCUGAAGCAUUAACCCAAAAAUUAUAAACCAAAGUCUUAACUUAUAGUAGGGAGGCCAAUGCUUUAGUUAUGAAAUUUCCACUCUACAUAACAAAAAACAAAUUAUACCUCCUCUUGAAGUCCUACCAUAAAUAGAGUUGCAUUAUCUUAAUGAAUAUGUCAACUAUACUAUCUUCAUUUUCUCUGCAUUAUCUUGUCUUUGUACCCUAGUUAUUGCCAGAUAUAAGAGUCCAUGGAAUUUGCUUAGCAUAUGUAACCAUACAGUCUCCUAAAAAAAUAUGGUAAAGAUUUCCUCCAAACUGGUUUUCAUGAACUAACGAUUUCCUUCAAAUUUGACAUUAUCUUUUUUCUUUCUUUUAAUAGUAUUUGGAGUCUAAAGAGAGGUUCUCAUUGUUUGUGUUCAUAGUUUUCUGAUUUGAUCCCUUAGUACAGCUACUUUCCGUUUUAUAUAUAUUAAUUUUAAGUCCAAUAAGUUUCUGUUUUGCCAAUAAAUCUCAGAAGAAGACACUGUAAGCACAAUGGGACGGUUGGUAAUGGUGGUAUGGCUUUUUGUGCUGAUGGUCAUAACAUCUAGUUACACUGCAAAUUUGACUUCAAUCCUUACGGUUCAACAACUUUCAUCACCUGUCACUGGGAUCGAAAGUUUGAUUUCAAGUGAUUGGCCUAUUGGUUACCAAGUGGGAUCAUUUGCUUAUUCUUAUUUACAAGAGAAUCUUGGCAUAAAGCCAUCAAGACUUGUUUCUUUAGGCUCACCAGAGGAAUAUGAAAAAGCUCUGCGGCAAGGACCAAAUAAAGGAGGAGUUAUGGCUAUUGUAGAUGAACUUCCAUAUGUGGAGUUAUUUCUGUCAAAAAGAACUGAUUUUGGAAUUAUUGGGCAGCCAUUUACCAAGAGCGGCUGGGGAUUUGCAUUCCAAAAAGAUUCUCCGCUUGCUGUUGACAUGUCCACUGCAAUCUUGAAACUUUCUGAGGACGGAAAGCUUCAGCAGAUACAUGACAAGUGGUUUUGUAAUCUAAGUUGUCCUGGAGAGAGGAUAAUAAAUGCCAAGAUUAAUCAACUCCACUUGAUCAGUUUCUGGGGCCUGUACAUUUUAAGUGGUGCCAUGGCUCUCAUUGCUCUCCUGGUGUUUCUACUAAGAAUGGUACGCCAAUUUGUCCGGUAUAAACGGAGAGAGAUGAAUUCUGCUUCCUCAUCCUCUAUUUCAUCUAGCAGUCACUGCUCUCACAUCGUAUUUAACUUCUUCAAUUUCAUUGACGAGAAAGAAGAAGCUAUCAAGAAAAUGUUUGCUCAGUUUGAGAAUCGUCGAACUGAUGCAAGCUCAGAAACAUGAAAUAUUUGUUCAGCGGAACUUGGUGAAAUCAGCAACAUGGUCACUUUGAUGCGAUAGUUUUUAAUUUCUAUUGCAUGUAAAUAUUGCUUUCUCUGGUGUAAAUGUGUAGAACUCAAGUAGUUGUAGCUUGACUGCAACUUGGAAGUGUGUUUAUUCUCUACAUAGGUAACUAGGGAUUGAUUUUACAAGGAGUUUGUUAGAAGAAAAUUCUUUAUGAAUUUCAUAGUCCAUAUCAAUGGUUUCCAAGCACUGAUUUGCCUUUGGUUAGACGUCCUGUGCAAAUAAUAUGUGUGUGUAUAUAUAUAUAUAUAUAUAAAUGAGAUGGACGCUC